CGUACGAAACACACGUGGUGGGCGCCGAGAGCCAUCUGGCGGCCGCUCUUUCCCUUCCUUUGGUCCUUUGGUCGCCGUGUCUACAGAGGGCCAAGAUGGUGCAGACCAAGAUGGUCCGCCGCUCGGUGAAGCCGGGUGGCCUGCGUUUCGGCAAACCCAAGAGCAAGCAGCAGGUGCCGGAGAAGCCCAAGACCUUCGUGGAGAAGCCCAUCGGCGGUGAGAAGAACGGAGGGACGCGUAAGGUGCGCGUCAAGAAGCUGCCCGCAUACUAUGCCUCACAGCCCAACCCCAAGAAGAGGGCCAAGCGCAUCAAGCGUAACACCAAGCCCCUGCGGUCCACCAUCACACCCGGCACCAUUUGUAUCCUGCUGGCGGGCAUCCACAAGGGCAAGAAGGUGGUGUUCCUCAAGCAGCUCAAGAGUGGCCUCUGCCUUGUGACUGGCCCCUUCAAGAUCAACGCCUGCCCCUUGCGCCGCGUCAACCAGAUUUACCUGAUCGCCACCGCCACCAAGCUGGACAUCAGUUCCUUCGGCGUCCCCAAGCACCUCAACGACAAGUACUUCAGGCGCAUCAAGGCCAAGCGCCCCAAGAAGGAGGAAGGGGACAUCUUUGAGCAGAAGCAGGAGAAAUACACACCAUCUGUCCAGCGCAAGAAGGACCAGGCAGUGGUGGACGGCAUGGUCAUGUCCGCCAUCCGCAAGCGCCAGGACAAGAAGAUGCUGUUCGGGUACCUUGGCACUCCAUUCGGUCUCAGGAACAAAAUGUACCCACACAGGCUGAAGUUCUAAAAUAAAUGAGUAAUGUAUGA